AUGGAAAUUCUCGGUUCAGUUGUUGGGAAAAUAGUAGAGUUAACAAUGAUGCCUAUAGCAAAGCAAGUGGGAUAUUUAUUAUUCUACAAAGACAAUUUUGAGGAGCUAGAGAAACAAAUUGAGGGGUUGAAGACAAUCAAAGAGCGCAUAGAGCAAGGUGUUAGUGCAGAAAGAAAAAAGGUAAAAGAGAUUCACAGUGAUGUGCUGAGCUGGCAGAAAAGAGUUGAUGAGACCUUGGAAAAAGUAGAGAAACUUUACGAAGAACAACUUCAUCAUGCUAAUCUGUGGUGUUGGAAAUGGUCUUUUCCCAAUUUGAAAUCACGACAUAAACUUGGUAGAAAAGCAAGGAAAAUGGCAUUCACCAUUGCUGGACUGAAGGAAAAGGGAAGGUUUGAUGGUGGAGUUGGGUAUGAUCCUCCUCUAGUUAUACCAAACGUCAUUUCUGCUACUAGAGGCGUUGAAACUCUUGACUCAAGAAACAUGAAGAAAAAGGAGGUUAUGUCGUCUCUAAGUGACCCUCAAGUAAGCAAGGUUGGAAUUUAUGGAUGGGGUGGAGUAGGGAAGACCACUCUAGCAAAAGUAAUAGCCAAACAAGUUAAGAAUGACAAGUUGUUUGAUGUAGUGGCUAUGACAACCAUAUCCCAAACAUUAGAUCUUAAAAGAGUUCAGGAUGAGAUUGCAUAUCAGUUAGACUUCAACUUGGAGGAGAUGACCUCAGUUGGAAGAGCUGAUCGCCUGUGUGCAAGGAUAAAGAAGGAGAAAAAUAUCCUCAUCAUAUUAGAUGACUUGUGGGAGAAAAUUGAUUUGGAAAAGCUAGGAAUUCCUUCUGAGCGAGAUCUUAAGGUUGGCAAAUCCUCGUUGGCUUCUUUACAUGUAGCUUUUUCCCAAAAAAAUGAGAUUUAUCAAGGUUGCAAAUUAUUGUUAACUUCUAGACAUUUAGAUGUCUUACAGAAGAAUGACACUCAAGAGAACUUUGCUCUCGAAGAAUUAAAUAAUGCAGAAUCAUGGAAUUUGUUUGAAGAUAUGGUUGGAGAUGCUAUCAAAGAUGCUAAUUUGCAAGGGAUAGCGACCCAAGUGGUGGAAAGAUGUGGAGGGUUGCCUGUUAUGAUUGUCGCAAUUGCCAAAUCAUUAAAAUAUAACAAGAAUAUUCAUUAUUGGAAGGAUGCUUUGAACAACUUAAAGAGAGUUGAUGGAGACAAGGUUGGGACUGUUUUUUCAUCUUUUGAAUUCAGUUACAACCGAUUGAAAGAUGAUGAAAUGAAGAAAGUAUUCUUGCUCUGUGGAGUACAUGGACCAUCCAUGUUUUUUAGUGACUUGUUGAAAUACGCAAUUGGUUUGGGCGUUUUGAAACACACAGAUACCAUUGAAGAUGCCAGAAAUCGACUUUAUAGAAUAAUUGAUGACUUGAAGGCAUCUUGUUUGCUGCUUGCGGAUGAUGUAAUUGCAACUGAUGAGAUUAAAAUGCAUGACCUUGUUUGUGAAGUAGCUGUCUCAAUUGCUUCUAGGCAUGAAUAUGUCUUCACAUCGAAAGAAAGGGUGCAAGAUUGGCCAAGUAAGGAUUUUCUUGAGAGGUGUACCUAUAUAAUCUUAAGUCAGUGUUUUAUUCAAAAGCUUCCUGAUACGUUACAUUGUCCCAAUAUGAAAUUUUUCCACUUAGAUAGCUCAAAUAGGACUUUGGAAAUUCCAUAUUCCUUUUUGGAGGGGAUGAGAAAUCUUGAGGCAUUAGAUUUAACAGGCUUGAACAUAUCUUCAUUAUCAUCAAUAUCUCUUGUUUCAUUGACCAAACUUAAGACAUUAUGUUUGGAUCAAUGCACUCUGAAUGAUAUGACUGGAAUAGGUGCCUUGAUAAAUUUAGAAAUUCUUAGCUUCAUCUAUUCAUCCAUGAAGGAGAUUCCAAGAGAAAUGGGAAAAUUGACUCAUUUAAGAAUGUUGGAUUUGAGAAAUUCUGGAAUUGAGAUCAUCCCUCCCAAUAUUUUGCCCUCAUUGAAUAAAUUAGAGGAGCUUUAUAUGGGCAAUGCCUCAAUUAAGUGGGAGGUGGAAAGUUUAACUAAGCAAAAUAAAAAUGCCAGUCUUGCUGAGCUUGGGCAGUUAACAAGAUUAACUGCUUUACAAAUUCAAAUUCGUGAGGCUUGGAGUUUGCCAAGCGACAUAAUGUUUGUUAAGUUGGAAAGAUAUUAUGUUGUUAUAGGAGAUAAAUGGGAUUGGUCUCCCAGCAGGGGGACCACAAGGUUGCUAAAGCUUAAGCUAGAUAGCAACAUUCAUUUGGAAUACGGGAUUAAAGCAUUGAUUAAAAGAGUAGAAGAUUUGAACUUAGAUGAAGUAAAAGGCAUUUCAAAUGUGCUUUUCAAUUUGAACAGCGAAGGAUUUCCUCUACUAAAGCAUCUCCACGUCCAAAAUAAUGGUGAAGUUCAACAUAUCAUCAACACAAUGGCGAGGUACGAAACUCAUGUUUUGUUCACUAAAUUGGAGACAUUAUUACUUUAUAAUCUCAAUAACUUAGUGGAGAUAUGUCAUGGCCCGAUUCCUGUCAAUUCCCUGGGCAAACUCACAGUCAUCAAAAUCAAAAAUUGCCAACAAUUGGUAUAUCUGUUCUCUAUUUCAAUGGUGAAAGCUCUUUCCCAACUUGUUGAGAUUAAAGUUUCCAAAUGUAGUUCAAUGAAGAUGAUCGUGUUUGUUGAAAAUGUAGAUAGUGACAUAGCUAUUGAUGAUAAGAUUGAGUUUUAUUCAAUGCGCUCCUUGAGUUUAUGUCAUUUGCCAGUCAUUGAAGGUUUCUGCUCAAAUGAAUUGACGGCUUCUAUGACAGCUAAGCAGAAUUCAUUGAGAACUAAUGUUCCUAUAUCGUUUUUCAAUGGCAAGCUGAUAGAAGCACUCUGA